ACAUUAAUGAAUGUAGCAUCAUUUUAAUCUGAAAAACCUGUCACACUUCGACUUUCUCGUGGAUUGUAGUAGUUUGGGGACUCUGUCACUAUAAGCUUCACAUUAAAACACAAGCUGUGCUUCUGGGAGAUAAAAACAAUGUCUAAUUUAACAUAAUUUCGACAACUCCCACGUUACGUGAAAGCGAUGUCAGUGCUAUUUAAACAGCUGCCCUCUAGUGGCCAAAUGCACCAACACACUGUUCCAAUAGAUCACGGAUUUUCCUUAAUACGUUCAUAAAACAAUCUAUUUAACACUUAGUUAUCACUCUAGGCCUACUUUGUACUCGCCAAUGAAAUGACUUGUCAAAUGUAUAUCAAUUCAAUGUAAUGACUAAAAUUUUUAAUUUACAAUUAAAAAAUGGUGUUUUAAACGCCUGCCAAUAUUCGCAUUAAUAUUCACAGUUAAGACUCGAGAACGUCAUAAGAACACGCCCGAGAAUAAAGAACUGAGCAUAUCUGUAUAACUCAUCAAAAACGAAUACAACCUGUAGGACAGUGUCUGCUCUCACAUGGCGUAAGCUGCAGUUGUCUUUAUCAGCACCAGAGCAACCGCUGGCAUUCUCAUAAAAGAACCACCAGUGGACGACUGACCCGAUUACACCACACGGUUACAGCAGUACAGCCCCAAAACAAGGCUUGCUCCGAAUAACCCGCACGAUAACCAGCGUCUCUCAGGUUCCUUUUGCCAAACCGCACUGAGAAUGGAGCCCUGUUGUGAGUCCCUGAGGUAUCCAGAGGACAGGAGACCGACCAGUUGCAAGUUUCUGGACCUCCAUGUGCUGUAUGUGCCAGAUGACCAGUGGAACGUGAAGCUCAGAAAAGUCCCUGCUGAAGCCAUAGAAUGCUUCAUAUCUGCAGGCUUCAUCAGGGUUUAUCCAGAUAUCACCCUUAAAACUCUGAGGCGCGAGCUGAGCGCCCUUCUUGGCGCAGAGAGGAACGUCGACAAAUUUUCUUUCCUGAAGUGUGUGGGGCGCAGUCUGGCACUGGUUAAAAGCAAACAGGAGAGGGAUCUCAAAGUGAAAACGUUCGCUCCACCAUAUGCGCCACAGCCAGAGCUUUACCUGCUGCCCAACAUGGAGAACGACAGGAGUGUUUGCUCCCAGUCUCUCACCCCCGACACCAGCAGCACCUCCCCAGACCACCACACAUAUUACCACCAUCCCAAGACAUGCAGCCUGCCAACAGGAACAAAAGAGCCUGUUAAAUUCCCCCUAAUUCCCCGGUGUUCCCAUCAGCCACCUCCCACCCCGACCCUGGAGGAGGGGGAUGAAGAGGAGGGUGAAGAGGAGGGGCAGAGCUGCAGCUGUUCAGAGGGAGAAGGAGAAAACGAAGAGGGGGGUCUUUCCCCCAACAAGCCUGAGUGGGCUAAGCAGGAAAAUCAAGGGGCACCACAGCUGAAUAAAGCUUUACAACAAUGUGAAGCUCAUUCAGCUCAGGUGAAGGAACUGCCAGAGAAGGAGGACAUCUGCAGAAGAAAGAAACAAUACCGCAGAGGAAACAGAGCGGCUAGAGAUUCAGGAGUGGCAGAGUCCCUGGAGGACAAAGAGUUAGGUUUCUCCCUCACAGACAGGCUUGGGAAAUCCAAAGUUGCACAAACACUGAAGUCCAUCAGGAGUAAACCAACAUGUGGGGUGACAGAAAGUCCAGCUGCGUUGUCCCGGCCUGUUCGCUGCACAUCUCCACCUCCAGGUACAGACUUGGCCUUGGUCACCCAGAUAAACAGAGAGGAACUUAUUGAAGAAAUCAGGCUGGUGAGGGAGGAGAGAAAGCAGCUGGAGUGGACAAGACAGGAGCUGUUAAGAAAAGGGAAAGAUUUACUGGCCCAAAACAGACACCGAAGGAACCAAGCACGUGACAGUUGGAAAAAGAAAUAUUUUGAAACCAAGAAGGUCACUGCACUUUUGGAGGAGAACCUGAGAAACUUACGACAAGAGUUGGAAACAUUUUACAACAAGCUCUUGCACCAGCUCCAGGCCAGAGAUAACAGAGGGAAGCCAAGGCGGCAGGGGAAACCUUCCAUCAAGAAUGAGCUCAUCAUUCAGAUUAUGACAGAGAGCCAUGAGAUUGACAACCUAAGGAGGAAGGUAGAGGACGCCAGGAUGAAGCUGCUAACAGAAAUAAAGUUGAGGAAACAGGCUGCCACAGAGCUGACGGCCCUGAAGGCUGAGUUGGCCCAGAAGAAGAACCAGUCAUCUCAUCCUGGGCCCACAUCCUCUCUAUGCUUUGGAAAUAGCACAUGAGACAGAUUGCAAGUUCAAAGCA